GCUUAGCACCCAUCUGCUCUCCAGCAUGCCUCUGUGUUCUAUAGCAGCUACACACACAGUGGUAUCUGUGAGCACCUCUGUGUACUCAAAGGUUUUCUACCUGAGAGGCAUAACCCAGGCCAGCUGAUUCAUGAGAAUCAGGAUGGACAUGAUAGAGGAUGAGGAUAUUUUGCAGGAGCAAGAGGACAACAUCAUGAAAUAUGAGAAGGGACACCAAGCUGGCUGCCAGCGGACAUGGUGCCUGAGCCUGUUGAAAUAUACAACCGCACUCAUCGCUUUGGGAUUGUGCAUGAGAUGGAGCUGCCCCCUGUCAGUACCCAGGAGGCCAAGCAAAUGCAGCAGGAGCUGAGAUGCAAGAUAAGUGGAUGGAAAUGCUGGGAGAAUGGGAGAAAUAUAAGAACAGCAAAAAAAUAAUGUGUGGAGGGAGAGGCCCCAGAACCACUCUCUGCAGGGACAGGGGACAGGCACCCAUGGCUGUGGCCUGGCACCAUCAGCCUCUCAGAGGGCGGGUGUCACACUGUCCUCAUGCAGAGGAUCGCAGGCCUGGUAGCCAGCUUUGCUGCCUGUUGGUGAGAGUGUCACCUUGCUGGGAGGGAGUCUGAACCUAGGGCUGGGGCCACCCAGAGCUCAAAGCUAGGGAAGCCUCCUGGUGACCUGAAGGAAGGAAUAGGUCCAGAUCAGAGUUCAGGACUCUGAGUGCUCAUCCACACUCUUUCCGUCCUGGAGGGGAGACCUGUCCCAGCUUGACCUCACCUCUAUCGAGGAAUCAUGGGGCCAAAACCAAUGAUUUCCAGAACCUCGGGCUUUCGUCCUCUCUGGGGUUGCCCCUGGCCUGAGUCACCAGAUUGUUUUCUGCCCACAGCUGGUUGGAAGAGUCUAUAAAGGGAUUCCGAUGAACAUCCGGGGCCAGGUGUGGUCAGUCCUCCUCAACAUUGAUGAUAUAAAGCUCAUGAAGGAGAAGGGGAAGAGGUCCUGUGAACAGGUGCACCAGAUCAACCUGGAUGUGAGGAAGACACUCAGAAGACACAUUCUUUUCCGGGAGCGAUAUGGCCUCAAGUGGUGGGAAUGAUUCCACAUCCUGCUGGCGUAUUCAGAGUAUAACCUGGAGGUGGGCUACUGCAGAGACCUGAGCCAUGUGGCCGCCUUACUCCUACUUUAUCUACCUGAGGAGGACGCAUUCUGGGCACUGGCGCAGCUGCUCACCAGUGAGAGGCACUCCCCGCAGGCUUUCCAUAGCUCAAAUGGCGGGACAGUCCAGGGGCUGCAAGACCAUCAGGAGCACGUGGUACCCACAUCACAACCCAAGACUGUGUGGCAUCUGGUCAUGAGCAUUGACUAUUUCUCUAAACCAUGACUUUCAAGACAGAGCAAGACUCCAUCUCAAAACAACAACAACAACAACAACAAAACACCCAUCACCACAACUGUCUGAGAGACUGCGAAGUCUCAAGAACUCUGAUGGCACCAACUUCUUGCAGUUGUGCAAAAUGAUCCCAAACAGCUACUCUUCUGUUCUUGUUUCAUUACUAUAUGAAAGUCCAUUGUAUUAAUAUACAAUCACUUAACCGAGUCUCUUGUUGAAUGUUUUCUAAUUUCUGGUUGAUUGACAUGUAACUCUUCAGAUGUUGAAUCUUGACAUAUGAUGUAAGGCACAGAUGGGACUUUAUGGCUUUCCAAGCCCUUAGCCAAUCGUCCCUGCACCAUUGAUUUAAUAAUCAAGACAUCGUCUCCCCACGGCUUUGAACUGCCUCGGUGCCCAUGUCCUUCAUUCCUGCAGGUCUUUGUGGGCUUCCUAGUUACUCUUCCCACUGCUCUUCUAUUCUCUAGCUAGUCCCGACCCUCUUUGACUUUGCAGCAGAAAGUUCAGUGGUGGGAUGGCCAACCACCCAACACUGGUUCUGCUUUGGUUCCUCUGCUGGAUAGGGCUUGACGCCGCUUUUGCUUGGGAAUGUCAACUGCAGCCAGUUGUGACUGAACAUUUCGUAUUGACAUUUAAAACCAACACUUUCUCUUUAAGAGGGAAAAAAUGUUUCUAUGGUUGUGGAACUAGGUCUUCAUAGUAACUACAGUCAUCAUCCUUAAGAACUCCCAUCACUGGCCAGGAGUGGUGGCUCACGCCUGUAAUCCCAGCACUUUGGGAGGCCGAGGUGGGUGCAUCACGAGGUCAGGAAAUGGAGACCGUCCUGGCUAACAUGGUGAA